AUGGGCUUCUGCCUUCAUUUCUUCCUCCAUAAUUCGUUCCUUAGCUGCUCCAAUCUCAUUAUCCGCCUUAGGAUUUCGAUUAAUCUUGAGUCGAUCUACUUUUUGGCUAUGGUUUUUUGGCCUUUCGUUGUGCCGUUGAUUUCUCUGCGGCCAGUUGGCCGUCCGGUCGUUGUAUGCGCCGGCGGUGGUCUUGAACUGACGGGAUCUGCUAGAUCAUCCUGUGACAUCAAUUGGAUUCAGUUGAUAUUCCUUUCUGAGAUGAUUUUUGAAAAAAGAACGAGAUUUCAACAUGUCCUUGGAGCCUGGAAGGAAUUAAUUCUGGAAGUUGAGGUCCAUAGUGGACGCAAAAGCUCCCUCCAGAGGCGCAACCUGAUUUCUCCUCCGUGCAAGUCUUUCAAGGGAAUGGUGAUGAAAGUGGUGAGGAUAAAACUAGUGUAA